CGGAUACGAUCGAUACCUUGCCUUACCUAGAACUAUCGUGAUUGCGGUCUUCUCACGAGAACUUCACAACUGCAUAGCCUGAUACUUCCGUGUCGCAGUAACUUUUUGGAUGAUGGCAUGCCCGCACCUCGAGUCUCUGACUUUGCGCGUGCCGACGCCAACCCAGUCGGUCUAUCGCGAGGAUUGUACGCAAUGUUUCGACUCGAUCGAUGAUCCUUCCGGACUAGACGUCUGUAUGCAGUGCUUCAACGGCGGUUGUGCGGGCGAACGAAACCAUGCAAGCCUCCAUCGAGCUCUCUGGAGCCACCCCCUCGUCCUCAAUAUUCGCCGAUCACGUAAAGUUGUCGUCCGCGAUGAACCGCCUCCGAAGAUGUCCAAGCUCGCCAUCGCUGCCGAAACGGAGCAGGAUAGAUAUCAUAUUCGUACGUCCGUCAAGUGUCUCGACUGUGACAGCGAGCUUGACGGGACGAAUGCAAAACUCGUCCCUGUCAUCGACGGCAUCCUGAAGGCGAAUACAUUCUCGCGAAAAGAAGAAGUCAAGGCCUGGGAGCAGGAGCUCACUAGCUGCGAGCAUAUCUUGACUCUGCAGCAGGCCGAGUCACGGAACGUUUCAAAGGGCGGCGAUACUCACUGCUAUAGUUGUGACCUGAAAGAAAACCUCUGGCUCUGCCUUGAAUGCGGAAAUUUCGGCUGUGGCAGGAAGCAGAUGGGCGGCCUGGACGGCAACUCGCACGCUCUGGGUCAUUCCACCGAGAGUGGUCACGGCGUCGCCGUGAAGCUGGGCUCAAUCACACCAGAGGGGACAGCGGACGUCUACUGCUACAAGUGUGACGAGGAAAGAGUUGACGAAGAUCUGGGCAAGCACCUGGCACAUUGGGGCAUCAUUCUCGCCGAGCAGCAGAAGACGGAGAAGAGUUUGACGGAGAUGCAGAUCGAGCAGAAUCUCAGAUGGGAGUUCAGUAUGACUACCGAAGAUGGAAAAGAACUGAAGCCACUGUUCGGCCCGAGCCUGACUGGGUUGAAGAAUCUUGGCAAUAGCUGCUAUUUAGCUAGCAUCAUUCAGUGCCUUUUCGACCUGCCGUCUUUCCGGGAUCGGUAUUUUCGGCCCAAGCUCGACCUGCCCGUAGUCGAUGAGCCGGCAGCAGACCUGGAGACGCAGCUUCGCAAGAUGGCCGACGGCUUGCUCUCCGGCCGUUACUCCAAGCCAGACUCGGAUGUGAUAGCAUCUGAACACUCCCCCGAAAUCCCGCAUCAGAAAGGCCUGGCUCCCGCAAUGCUAAAGCACCUCAUCGGCCGCGGGCAUGUUGAGUUCUCCACCAUGCGUCAGCAGGAUGCCUUUGAACUGCUUCAGCACUUGUUCAAACUCAUCUCGCGAUCCAAUCAUCCUUCCGGCCUCCAGGAUCCCACCCACCCUUUUCGGUUUGUCCUGGAGCAGCGCCUACAGUGCCUUGCGUGCAGGAAGGUGCGAUACACAUCGAACGAGCAGGACAACAUCUUCAUAGACGUGCCGCUGGAAAAAUUGCCAGCAACGGAAGGUCCGGAGAACAGCGGCGACCAAUACAAGCCCGUUACGCUGAAGGAGUGUCUUGACAACUUCACCGCCGAAGAGGUGGUGGAACUAACUUGCUCAGCAUGUGGAAGUAAAGACGGCUACACCAAACGCUCGUUAUUCAAGACAUUCCCUGAAGUCUUGGCCGUCAAUGCGAGGAAGAUGGCAGUGAUCAACUGGGUGCCCGUCAAAAUCGACGUUCCAGUUAUUGUGCCGGACGAGCCGUUCGAAUUGGACGCGUAUCUUUCUGCCGGCAUCCGACCUACCGAAGAAGCGCUGCCGGAUGAACAGGAGGGCAGCGCCCCCGCCUUCGUGCCUAACCAAGAAGCGCUGGCGACUCUCGAGGCCAUGGGGUUCCCUCGUAACCGAUGCGAGAAGGCCUUGCACGCCACGGGGAACUCGGAUGCCAACGCUGCCAUGGAAUGGCUAUUCGGCCACAUGGAGGAUCCCGACAUUGACGCCCCUCUCGACCUCACGGGUUCGGGAGGCGCUGGCUCGAGUGCCGCCGCGGCCGCCGACCCAGAGAAGAUCGAGAUGCUUGGUGCCAUGGGCUUUGGUGCGCCCCAGGCAAAGAAGGCCCUGAAAGAGACCGGUGGCGAUGUCGAGCGCGCCGUCGAGUGGCUGUUCAACCAUCCCGACGACCAGGGCAUUUUUGGAGACGAAGACGCCGGACCGGGUGCGGAAAGCUCAUCCCAGCCGAAGGAAGCGGCUGGCAGUGCUUCCUUGCCUGCCCGAUUCCAGUUACAGUCGAUUGUCUGCCAUAAGGGCACUAGCAUCCAUGCCGGACACUACGUCGCCUUCAUUCGUAAGGCUUUGCCAAACCAAGAGGGUGACGCAACAUCAUGGGUCUUGUUCAACGACGAAAAGGUGGUUCUGGCCGGCGACGUCGAAGAGAUGCGCAAAUUUGCGUAUGUCUAUUUCUUCAAGCGGUUUAAGCUUGAGUGGUUGUCAAUGGGCGCCUGGACGCUUGAGGGUCGGGCGGACGAUUAGAGAUAUCGGUUACCAGUCGCAUGAACAUGAGGCAAGGGAUGGCGGACGACGAGGGAAAAGUGGCAGGCCAAGUGAACGUGAUAUGGUUGGAGGGGAUGAAGGUCCGGCCUCAGAUGUCUUAUGAUAAGAUGAAUAGAUGCGGAUGGGUUGCUACCAACUCGACAAGUUUGUUGUCGAGUGUCGAGGGCCGUUUUUGUCUCGUGUGUCCGACCCUCCGACCGUCCAUUGUCCCUAAUCUGCCGGGAGGUAUAUGGUACAGAGCCCCUGCCACCCACCAACGCCUUACGCCAUGAAACCCCCUUCUUUAAAUACCCGGGC